CCCACUGACUGACAGCAUCUGUCAUACCGUUCACUGACGUUGAGUCUGUCUUUUCUCCAUCGCGCGCACACACACAGAUGUGAUAUCAGCUCAUUUCUGCUGGAGCCGCGAGCACGAGCGAUGCGCGCACACGACACCUGCACGACUCGGCGUUCGUAGAGGGGAGAUAGUCGUAUCUCAGUGUAGUUUUUGAAGGUAAAGAAUGUAUUUCUUGUUUUGAAGGGACACCCACAGUUACUGGAGGACAUGACUCUUCUGUCUCGCAUCAUGCGCUCUGUGUUGCUCCGUCCGGAGACUCUGUUCCUGCUGUGUGUCAGUCUGGCUCUCUGGAGUUAUCUCUACCACACGGAUGAAGUGAAGACCAUCGUCAAGUCCAGCAGAGACGCCGUGGGGAAGGUGGUGGAGAUGAUCCAGAAUGACGAAGAGUUCAGUAACACAUGGCAGUACAGGAGUCACAGUGCUGCAGUGUACUCGAUUCAGGGCAGGAGGGAACACAUGGAGGACCGAUUCCACAUCCUCACAGACACACUGAACAAGAGCCACCCGGACAUCUAUGGGGUCUUUGAUGGACACGGUGGACAGUCGGCAUCAGAGUAUGUGAAGUCUCGUCUUCCGCUCAUGUUGCGGCAGCAGCUGCAGAAAGAGAGCAGCGUUCAGUCGCAUCAGUCCAUCCUCACUCAACAGAUCUUCAACAUGGACAGAGAGAUGCUGGACAAGCUGUCCGCCUCAUAUGACGAGGCAGGUACGACGUGUCUGGUGGCUCUGCUGUCUGAUAAACAGUUGACUGUAGCUAAUGUUGGCGACUCGCGGGCUGUACUCUGUGAUAAAGACGGGAACGCUGUACAGCUGUCACAUGACCACAAACCGUACCAGCUCAAAGAGAGGAAGAGGAUCAAGAAAGCAGGUGGCUUCAUCAGUUUCAACGGCUCGUGGCGUGUACAGGGCGUUCUCGCCAUGUCACGUUCUCUUGGUGACUAUCUGCUCAAGAAGCACAAUGUGCUGAUCUCGGACCCUGACGUCACGACCUUUGACCUGGACAAACUGCGGCCGCAGUUCAUGAUUCUGGCAUCCGAUGGGCUGUGGGACGCGUUUAGCAACGAGGAGGCCGUGCAUUUCAUCAAACAGCGACUCAACGAACCGCACUUCGGCGCGAAGAGCAUCGUCCUGCAAUCUUUUAACCGCGGCUGCCCAGACAACAUCACGGUGAUGGUGGUGAAGUUCAAGAAAAGAGCCGUGAAAGCUGCUGGACAGUGAAAAUGCUCAUGUGUCAUAACACCACACAAACAGAUAUUAUUACACUGAGAGAAUGACUGAACGAAUAACUUACAUUAGAAUCAGGACAAUUCUGUUAUCACUUUUCACCCUCAUUUCAAACCUUUAUGACUUUCUUUCCUCUGUGGAACACAAAAGGUGCAUUUUUGAAGAAUCUUCAAGCAGCUCUUUUCUACACAACACUUCAUAGUGAGCGUGACUGUCAUGCCUCACAAAGGACAAAAACACCAUAACAGUGCCAGAAAACACAGUGAAUGUAAUGUGCCAUUCCACACUAAUUCCAAAAGAGUAUCAGUGAAAAGUCACCUGAUUUACAGUCUGUUCUUCAAAUAAAAGUGUCGCAUUUCUGCAGAACAAUCGGAAGUGUAUGAAAUACUUUUAUGGUGCUUACUAGAGCUUCCUUUUGUAAUCCACUGAACAGCAUAUGGGUUUGUAAUGACAUGAAGGUGAGUAAAUAAUGACAGAAUUGUGCUUUUUUUGUAUUAUUCGUUUGAAAAAAAGAAACUGCAACUAUUUGUUAUGACUAUCAUUUAAUACUUUAUCAUUGAGAUUACAUGCGGAUUAUAUACACGACUGUGGAGCGGCCGUCUGAGAUCAGCAAUACAUACAAUUAUUCAUUAAAAACUCAUUCUCCAAGUUGUAUGAUUGAUAUGUACACAUGUAGAAAACAAUCAAAGUCAUUUCAUUGAAUGUUAUCAUUGCUAUCCAAUCAAAAACAUCUGGAAUGAAACCUUUUAUAUCAUCUUUGAACAAAUCAUGAGGACACUUGAAUGGACGUUUGUUGCCUUAUUUGACGUGUCUUAUCGUGAGUUCAUGAUUUGUGUUUACAGGAAGUGUCAUAUACACGUUCGGAGACAAAAGAAGAACAGUGUGAAUGUUUCUAUUAAAUAUCAACAGCAGACAAACCAUCGUGCAUCUAACUACACAGGAAAAAAAAGACUUCUUUAGUCCUCCACACAAUGACUGUAUGUGUUGAAGGAUGUUUAUGUACAGACAUUUGUGUCAUUAAUGAAACUCAAAUCAAAAGUGCAACAAUAAAAGCAUCAGAAACGGUCUUACUCUGCUUUCUUUAAUGAACAUGAAUAAAAUGGCUUUAUA